AUGAUCGUCCACCUCAUCCUUCUUCUGCUCAUGGGCGAAUUGUUCGAAUCGGUGUCUUCCAAUCCUCACUCUGUUCUUGAACGCUACGAAGAGAGACUCAAUUCGGCAAUGUCCAAACGGACGGGGACUCCGAGGACUGUCAAAAGGUACGUGCUUCGAGUCGUCUGCAGUUCCACCUCAUCCACAAUAAUCUGCAACAUUCUGACCUCCGUUCCUCAUAAUCCCUAAUCCCUUCUUGUCUGCUGCCCGUAAUUGCUCCCCGUCUUGCAGAUACAAGUGUGUCGAAGAAUACGUCACUUAUGAUCAGAAUGGCCACACAGUCACUUCUUAUCAAGGAAGUCGGUUCACAACUACGAUGGAACCACCGGUAUAUUGAACAUUCCCAAUUGUUUCCCACUUAAAGCACCUACUCAGGUAUAUCGGACAUCCGGGGACCGGGAAAUCCGUCGAAAGCCUGCGAAAAAAGUGACGAUUGCCAUAAAUCGUGAUCCAAUGGAAACGACGACUCCGAUGGCGACGUCCACAGAGAGAGGCUCGACGACAACGUUGAAGCCGUUCGACGAGAUGAACGACGAGGAAGCGGAUAGGAUCAUCGAGGAGAUGUACCUGAAAAAGAAAGUAUGACGUCACCAGAGAAAGGGAAACUUAGCACUUUCUCCGCGGUCAUUUCUCUGCCUAUUUUGGUUUUUCCGACCUUGCCUUCUCCGUAUGAGUCACGUCCGCUUUUCACAGUUCGCCUCGUUCGAACCCAUAAUAUGAGGCCAGCUGGUCGCUAGAGGGUUCAUGAUGAUUACCGUAAAAAGAGCGAUUUAGGAGAGUCACGCAACUGAAUCACCGGAAGAAGUACCUGAAAUGACCGCUGAGGUCAUCCAGCCCAAGCCUCCAUCACCUCCAUCUCCGCGCAUUUACGCGACUGAUUCGACAUCUUCAACUUCUGUCUCUAAUUCAGGGGAGUACAGUCCGAUCAAGAAGAAUAAGAUGUAAGCUAUAAAAAUGAGAAGACAUCGAAAAAACAAGUGUUUUAGUGAACCGGAUGACAGUGAAGAAGAAGACUAUCCAAACUCGAUGUACCACAGGGGUUCCCGGAAGAGACCCUACGAGGACAUCGCCAACUACGAUGAUUACGACGAUCUGCCACUCUACCGUCCUUUGAGAAGAGGUUCAGUUGUCAUUCUCGCCACAAAAUCCUCAUUGACUUCCUUCAGAGUAUCAUAUGCGUCGUCGCCGACCCCUUCUCUUCUCCGAUGACUUUUCCGAUGACACGGAUUUCGAUCAACGGUUAGGAAACACUCCACGCAGACAGACGACUAGGGACCUUUCCCCGUUGCGGUCCAUGAAAAGGCUCCGUCACCACGCACGGUAUCCCCCGCAGUUCCGACCGCUGCCUCCGCCGAUGCCUUCUCCGAUCUCUCUGCCCGUCUCUGCCUCCAGCAACAUGCUCCAGCGUCCGAUGGCUUUGCCGGGAGUACCUCCAAUGAGAGUACCCGCUCCUCCUGCUCCGCAGCCCAUGCCGCUGCCUCCGAUGCCUCCUGGAAUCAUGCCUCCUCCGUCUUCCCUGCUUCCUCCACAGCCUCUUCAGCCAAUUCAGCAGCAAAGUUCGAUGAGUGUGCCUUCCAGCGGACAAGAAGUGCUCAAAAUGAAGCCAAUUUUGCAAGCUAACCCUCAGGAAAUGCAGGUGGCGAACGAAGAAAGUUGUGCGAAAAUCACGAGAUUGGCAAAAACGUUCAGCAUAAAAGACGUAUCCAAAUGGGCGAGAAGUAACUGUCCAUUGCUCCAGGUCAGCAAUAUUCGAGUGCGUUUCCGAUUAUGAAUCUUUCUUGCAGCUGUACGUUCCGACGGCAAGCUGCGAACUCAUCUUCCAUUUUAUCGAUUCUUGCAAGAACAAGAAGUUCUUCUGA